GGGAGUGAUGAACGAGGAACAGGCAGUGAGAAAGAAAUUAGAGGUGACAAGGCAAGUAGCCUUGCACAUUGAAAAAAUGAAAAGGCCAUACAUAUUGGCGAAGAGAUAUGACUGGGAAGGUUUCAGGAAAUUUUUCAACAAACACAAGGAUCUGUUGGAUAAGCAAAUCGAUUUGCACCACAGCACAGCUCUUCACUACGCAGCACACUGUGGGAACCCAGAAAUGUACAGGGAAAUGAUCGAGUGGGUGGGUGAGGGUGACAUAAAACGUGUGCUGAGGUUGCAGGAUGACAUGGGGAACACGCCACUCCAUGAAGUGGCCUUCACAGGGGAAGUGGAGAUGACAAAGAGCAUUCUGGAGCACGAGGAGGAAGCUGGGUCGGAGCAGUAUCUGCAAUUGAUAGAGAUGAGGAACAAUUUGGGAGAAACCCCAGUUUACAGAGCAGCUGCUCUUGGAAAGACAGAUUUGCUCAGCUUCUUCCUUCAAGACCGUCAACUUGAUCCCAACAUUCAUUUUCACCGAACCGAUAAGAUGUCCAUUCUUCACACUGCUGUCAUUGAUCAGUUCUUUGGCACAGCUUUAUGGCUUCUGAAACGCUAUGACUACCUCGCUGAUCAAAAAGAAGACAAUGAUCUCACAACUCUCCAAUUGCUCGCAAAGAUGCCCACCAUGUUUAAAAGUCAAACCCAAAUGGGUCCUUUCAAAAAUUUAACAUACCUUUUGCUUCCUACAUUUCAAGAUUACAAAUACUACUCUCAAAGUAAUGGAUACACUACAAAAAGGGAAGAUUUGGAAAGUGGGAGAUACAACAUAAAUGCAGCAUCUUCAACUCAAACGCAGCAUGAGGAGAGCAUGAGAGAAGGACAAAAACUGGAAAAUCACAAGAAAGGGAAAACUGAAUCACCUAGAACUCAAAGGAAUCUCUCAGCUUGGUCAACUGCAGUUUUUUCCCUGCUAUGGUAUUCCAUGUGGAAGCUUCUAGCCAAAGAAUGGAAAGAGAUUGAUAAACUUUGGAGGAAAAAGGAAAUGCAUAAUUUAGCAAAGGAACUGGUGUUCUUGCUAGCAAAAAAAGACUAUUCAUGGCGAAAUACUACUGUAGCAUGGGAUAGAACAGUUUCGACAGGAAGAUCACAACAUGAAGAAAAGCCGAAAGAGAAAAAAAGUGAACAAGAGGAAGAAAAGAAACAAGAGGGUGCAAGAAAACCCACUACAUAUACUCCCUUGCUUAUGGCAGCUUGCAAUGGAAUUACAGAGAUUGUUGAAUUAAUAAUUCAUUUUCAUCCUCAUUCAAUUGAGCAUGUCAGUGAAGACGAGCAAAACAUAUUAUACAUGGCUGUCAAACACCGCCAGAAGGAAAUCUAUCGAAUCUUAAAGAAACUGAAAAUGGUGAGAAGUCUUGCUGGAAAAAUAGACAAGGACAAUAACACUGUCCUUCAUUACACUGCACAAUUUCAAGGGGGUUCCCAACCUGGUUAUGCUAUGCAGCUGCAAGAGGAGUUGCAUUGGUUCGAUCGCAUAGAAAAGAGACUCCCUUAUCAUUAUACCGUUCACAAAAACUUAAAGAACCAAACAGCAAAGGAACUUUUUGUGAAAAAGCAUGCAUCACUCCUUAAGGAUGCUCGUGAAUGGAUAAAAGAAACUGCUCAAUCAUGUUCUGCAGUAGCUGUUCUUGUUGCCACUGUUGUCUUUGCAGCAGCAUACACUGUCCCUGGAGGCACAGAUGACGAUGGCAUCCCUAGAUUCCUUCAUCACCCCAUAUUCUUGGUCUUCACAAUCAUGGAUAUUGUGGCUCUUGUAGGUUCUCUGGCUUCUGUGAUUAUGUUCCUCUCAAUCCUCACAUCACCCUGCGAGAUGUGGGAUUUUCGAAAGUCUCUCCCUCGAAAAUUGAUGGCAGGUUUUGCCUUGUUGUUCUUCUCCAUGGCCACAACAAUGCUGGCAUUCAGCGCCACAAUUUUGAUCAACAUCAAGUUAGAGGGGAACACGUGGACUUCAACUUUGACAUAUUGUGCAGCAUUCUUCCCUGUAUGCAUAUUUGCAUUGGUGCAGUUUCCUCUAUUCAUGGCCAUCAAAGGAUGUACUCGUAGCGUCAUUAGGAACCUUAAGAAGAUCAUUCCUCGCUUUCUGCUUAAGUUGGUCAAAAGGAGAAAGAAACUGUGGGACAUUUGACUACUGUGCCCUCUCCCCAACCCUUUUUUAUU